UCUGAAGGCUUUCCAGUCCAGGUGGACCAGCUCCCCUUCCGCCCCCCAGCAGGCUUUAUGUGGGCACUGAUACUAGGCGGGGUUUUCCUGGCAGCCUCCCAGGCCUGCAUCUUUUGCCGGCUCCCAGCCCAUGACUUGCCAGGCCGCCUGGCUCAGUUGGAGACCCAGUGGAAGGAAUGGGUCUCUCCAGACUUUUCAGCCUUUGCCUUAGAUGAGGUGACAAUGAACAGAAUCACAGAGAAGACUCACAGAGUCCUGAGGGUCAUGGAGAUCAAAGGCUCCUUCUCCUCGCUCCCUGCGUACUGGCAGUGGCUGCAGAUGACCAAGAUCCCGCAGUACACCAGGGAAGCUCUCUGUGCCCCUGCCUGCCGGGGCAGCACCAUCCUGUACAACUGCUCCACCUGCCGGGGCACCGAGGUGUCCUGCUGGCCCCGAAAACGCUGCCUGCCAGGUGCUGACUGCGACCUCUGCCCCGCCCUGCCCAGACCCAGGGCCUUUGGCUUGGCACUGUGGCCGCCGGGCUCAUCCACGGCCUUCUGCGUUCCCUGCAGGAAGUCACGAUCUGUGGCAAGCCAGGAUCCUGCUCUUCUCUGUCUCUGGCUCUUUCCUGCUUCUGGGUGCCCUGAGCCUCCUGGUGGAGUGAGUUGCCGGAUGGAGGGCAGGACUCUCCAAUGCCACCCGCUGUCGCUUCUCCCAGCCCCCUUCCUGGACUUCAGCUGGGCCCUAUCCUCUCUUCCCUCAGGAACCGCAAACUCCAAGCCAAAGGCAACUUGUGAAGGAACUUAAGGACUGGGUAUACACAAUGUCCACAUCCUUUGGCGAAUCAGCUGUCCCUUAGCCCUGCCCCCAAAGACUCAGUCUUCCAGAGCCUUCAACCUAGAUGUCCCAAGAUCAGUCCAGCAUCAAAUGCCCUCCAAGAACCCAGGCACCCUUGUCUGGAAAGUUCCUCCCCCCUGGCCCUCCGCCACUCAGACAGAGCAGUGGGUGAUGCCAGGAAAUUAUCUACACAAGGAAAGAAUCCCCUGCAUGCAUCACCCCACUCCCUCACCCCCUCUGCCAUUCCCAGACAUCGGGGCGUCUGCCCCAGAAUCGCCUCUAGGCCUCCCGGGGCUGAUUUUGAAUCCGGGAAUAAGAGUUCUGGAAAACUCCCUCCUGCUCGGGUGAGACCACAUCAGUCAGCCGCUGGCAUGCAUCGGCCCAUUGUGUUAACACUGUGCAGCCCUGGCCUACAGAGGCUUCCCUCCUGCUGGACCCGGGUAAAAGUGCUGUUCAAUGCCCUCCAUCUCUGCUUGGCCUCUGUCUGCACCGGGGAGGUGGCAGGGCACUGGAGGCUCUCAGUGUGGCUCAGGGAUUCAAAUCAGGGCGAUUUAGCACCUGGUAAACAUUUAGCAAUGGCUGGAGACGUUUUGUAUUGUUUUGCUUGGGAGACUGUGCUACCAGCAUUUUGUGAGAAGAGACAAGGAGGCUGUUAACAUUUGACAAUGCACAGAAACUCCUCACAACAAAAAAUUAACCUGGGGCCGGGUUAGCUCAGUGGCAUAAGUGCCUGUUUGGCACCUGCAAGGUUGUGAGUUCAAUCCCCGGUACAAAACGAAACAAACAAACAAACAAACAAAAUCUCAAAAAGGAAAAAACCUUUAACCUGCCUCAAUGUCAAUAAUUAGUGGUUGAGAAACCUGGUAUUCAUCUUCCGUCCAUGGAGAGAUUUUGGUUUGGUGGGUUGGAGAUGGAAUGUGAAGAGAGGCUGUCGUCAACCCCAAGGUUCAGUUCAGGACGUAGCGCUCACCUAGCCUAGAAAAUUUUAAAAUUUGACACGUGAAGUAUAAGACCCAGAUCACACAAGAUCAUGCAGCCCCUUUAUUCGUCUAACUGACAUACAGGGUAUCAGCACUGCCCGGCGCAGGCUGAGGAGCCUCGCUUCCUGACUGCCCAGCAGACGGGUCCCGGGAGCUGCAGCAGCUGCCUAGUGCUCUCCUGUGCUUUCCCUUUCUGGGCUCGGCGUUUGGUUUUUGUUUGUAUUUGUUUAUUUUCUUACUUAUUUAGCCAGGGCUCGACAUUUUGAAUUUUUCUUAUUUUCAUGCCCACAUGGAGGGUCUCCUUCUCCCGCCCUUCGUCCCCAACCCUCACAGUGGACUCAAGUCCCCCUAUACACUGCCUGGCCCCUCUCAAAUACACGUCCCCCUCAGAGCCACACUGGUCCUCCAAAAACUCCGCAUAGCUCACAGCCCGCCUGCUAGGGCCACACAAUGGCUAAGACCUCGGGUGGGUUUUUGUUUGUUUUUUUUUUUUGUACUGGGAAUUAAACUCAGGAUCUUGCACUUGCCAGGCAGGUGCUGUGCUGGUGAGCUUUAGCUCAAUAGCUUCAAUAAGAACUUGAGUUUUGAAGUUGAGGUGUUGGGUUUCAAAUCCUGGCUGUGUCUCUUAUUGGACCUUGGGCAACUUAUUGAAUCUAUCUGAACAGGUUUCCUUAUUUGUUGUGCUGAAGAGCAAACCCAGAGCUUUGCUAGGCAAGCACCUACCACUGAGCUACACAGCCUCAGCUCCAGCGUAACUUCUCCCCCGCCCAUAUCCCUGGCAUUACAACGGGAACCCAGCUCCUGUGCCUGUUAGGCAAGCCCUCUGGAGUACCACUGAGCUGCAUUCCAACCCAUUUUUACUUUUAUCUUGAGACAAGAUCUCAAAAACUUGUUCAGAUUCAGAUCAAAAUUUCUAUCCGUCUCAGCCUCCCAAUUAGCUGGGAUUAACAAGGGCAUUACCACCAUGCUUAGCCUGCUCUUUUAUGGACAGAUAAUAUCUGUCUUUGAUUUCAUGGCCUUUUUUGGCAUCCUUUUUUUUUCUUUUAGUGUGUGUGUGUGUGUGUGUGUGUGUGUGUGUGUGUGUGUGUGUGUAUUUAACUGACCUUGAGGUCACUAUGCAACCCAGAUUGGCCUUGAACCUGUAGUGACCCUCCUGCUUCAGUCUCCUGAGUGCUGGGAUUAUAGGUGUGUCCCACCACACCUGACUCUUUUUGCAUUUUAAUAACCGUAAAACCAGAAUGUGCUUUAAAUAUAAAGUACGCCAUGAUUUAAUUGGGGGGUAUUUUUUUCUUAGCAAUACAUAAAAUAAUAGUAUGUUCUGUAAUCGAUACCCUAAAUCGAUGAAAUGUAGUAGCAUUUGCCUUAAUACAAUUGUUGCAAAGUCCAGAGAAAUUCACGUAAAUCGCUUGGGGCUGGGCAUAACAAAAUGGAGGUUCGUUAAGUGCCUGCCCUCAUCUCAGGUUUGAAGCCCUUCUCCAGCUGCUCCUUGCCUACAGUGUAGACCUGGCGACUCUACCCUGACGUUCACGCUCUCCAUCAGCCACCUCUGUGUGUGUGAACUGCUCCUCAGGUCAGAGCGACGCAAACACAGAUCUAACUGGAAUCUCCACUCACACGCCCACACGUGUGCACCUCAGACUCCACGUGGCCAAACAUACGUCCCAACGCCGUGACUCUCUGUGGGUGCUCUCAAGCUUCCCAGCAGCGCCAGCUGUAAUUAUGCACAGCACCUUCCUUUCUCUUCCCUGAUGUCCACAAGGCCACGUGAUGCACCUUUGUAAUUCUUCUUGGAAUCUGGUGCUCACGAGUCCCUGCAACUCUCUCACUCUGCAAGCCACACCUGAAUCACCCCCUACCUGGGAGGCCCUUCUGAUCUGACUGAGACAUUGUUGCCUCUUCUGAAAAGCAGCUUGGUGCCCCAGCAGAGCAGAGUCCCUCCUUUAAGCAGGUGUCGGCUGUGGCACCGGUUACAGCAAAGUGUUUUUCUUUGCCUGUAGACAACACAGUGCCCUAUGAAACCACUGUCCAGUGGUUUGUGGGCUUCAUUUCCUGUGCCUGGCACUCAUAGACACCAGGCCACAGGGCUCUCGGAUGAAUGUUCUUCUAGUAGGCUCUUCUUGAAAAGGUGACAUGGGAGACAGCUGGCAUUUGUGCCGCUUUUCCACUUUUUCUUUUUGUGUUGCAGGUCAGGCCUUCAUGUGUACAGGGCAAACACUACGCCUGGGCUACACUCCCAGUUUGUGUGUCUUUUCUAUGCAUCUAAGAGUUUGGCUGCUGGAAUGUGAACUAAGGGGAAGGACUGGCCUUUCUGAGCCCUUCACCAAACAGGGAGGCUGUUGUGGGUGUUUUGGGUUUUUUUGUUUUUGUCUUUUUUCUGUUUAUCGGUACCAGGGAUCGAACUCACGACUGCCUGCUUGCAAGGCGGGCGCUUAUGCCGCUGAGCUAAAUCCCCAGCCCCUCGUUGUGGGUGUUUUUAAGAGGUGGUUUUAAAAGAUGGCUCCCAAACUCUUUGACACGCUGUCAUGGUGGGGUAGGGUCCGUGCAUCCUUCCCUUCGAUCUGAACUGUGUAACAGGCCGACCAAUAAAGCAGUGCAGAGAUGACCCUAUGCCACUCUCUGGGCCCGUGCCUGAAGGAGCUGGCUGGCACCUUCCACCGUAGCCUCUGGGACACUCACUUCAGAACUUGGUCAUCAUCUACAAAGAGGCUCAGCUUCAGGAAGAAUCUUCAUGGAAAAGCUUCAGAGAGAGGCCAAGUCCUGCUACCAGACAGGAUGGUGCGACAGCCCUGCCUGUCCCCCCACCCCGCAGCUGUCAGAUAAUCCCCAAACCUUCAGUUUUCCAAAUAAGGCCCAGAUGUCACAGAGCAGGGGCAAAUCAACUCCACUGGCCUAUUGGAAUUCCUGGCUCAUAAACUUCAGGUAUGUAAUGCAAUCGUUUUGUGCCACUAGGUAUGAUUCCCUUAACAACAGCUAAGAGGAACAGUGGGCAGAAGAAGGAGCCUAGGACUGCCCAAGGAAUGUCCAGAGCUCGUGACCUGCUGCCUUCUCGAUGCGUAUAUCAAGCACAUCGUUUGGUAACUCCACCUGUAAGAUGGGCUUAAUGAUGGCUUACUUGUGUGAAGACAACAUGUCAUGACAACUGGAAACAUUUGUGCACCGUAUUACCCACAGUUCCACUUGUUUAAACCCAGUGGCUUACAACAAAAGCACACUCUUUCAACUUAUAGGAACUGGAAUUCCAGAGCGAGCUACAGUUGUAUGGAACUAAGAUCUACUGUUCUGCGGUGAGUAGGGCUGCGAUUACACCUGUGAUCCCAGUAUUUAGGAGGCGGACGUAAGAGGCUCACCGUGAGUUCCACGCCCGCUGGGCUCCACAGUGAGCUCAAGGCUGGCCUGAACUACACGGUCAGUUCAAGGGCAGCCUGAAUGAUGCAGGGAGACCCUGUCUCAAAAACAAAUUCAUCGGGGCUGGGGAUUUAGCUCAGCGGCAUAAGCGCCUGUCUUGUAAGCAGUCAGUCAUGAGUUCGAUCCCUGGUACCGAUAAAAAGGAAAAAGACCAAAAAAACCCAAAUUCAUCAGGGUGACCCCAGUUCACACAGACUAAAAGGGUUUCAAACCUCCGACCAGGAAAUGAGAAAUGUUCAAGGAGGUAGAAAUGCUGGUGACUCUGACCUGGUUAUUACUCACACUUACACGUUUUGUCACAUGAUACCUCCUCCACUGUACGCUUAUUGUAUGUCAGAACAAACUGCGGACCGGGUUGUAGCUCAGUGGCAUCUGAGUACCUGUGCCUGGCGGGUGCAAGGUCCUCAGUUUGAUUCCUGGAACAAAAAGAAACUUGGGAGCCACUAAGCUGGAUGGCUGUAGCUCAGGACCUCUCAAGCUGUUAGGGCUGCAGAAAUCUGAGAUCUCACUGGGGGUGAAGGAUGGCCUCCCAAAAUAACACCCUUGCAAGCCUGGCAAGUUGGCUUUGGAUGUUGGAAAGAGGAUGCAGCUCCUUGACAACUGGAGCUUUUCAAAAGGCUACUUAAGUAGCCUUGUGACAUGGUGGCUGGCUUUCCUCAGAGGCAGCAAUUCAAGAGCGCAAGACAGGGGGCUGGGGAUUUUUAGCUCAGCGGCAUAAGCACCUGCCUUGCAAGCAGGCAGUUGUGAGUUCAAUCCCUGGUACCGAUGAAAAGGAAAAAGACAAAAAAAAAAAAAAAAAAAAAAGCACAAGACAGAGGCCAUACUUUCUGGCUAAGCUUGAAAGUCGCCAUCUCGUUUGCAGUAUUCCAUCAAUCAUCCGGAGGAACCCCAUCUACUGUGGGAAGGGACUGUAUUGCAGGGUGAGCACCAGGAGGGGACUUCCAAGGAAGUAUUUUGGAGACUUGGCUACCACACAGUAGACACAGUUAAUCCUCCAAUAAUCCCAUCAGGCCGACACUCUUAGAAGGUUUAUCCUGAGGAGGAAGUGGAGGAUUCACAACAUGAAGUCAUUUGCUCAGCCUCGGAGCCUGGUAAAGGUAACUCUGGAAUUGAGACUCAGGCAGGCGGACUCAGGAGCUGAGGUCUCAGCUACCGUGAAGGCAGCAAAGGCUUUUAGGUCCAUUUCAGGUAAGCUUGAAGGGAUAUGAGAGUCACCAUUUGGGGUACGCAGAAGGGAGUGUGCAGUGGUUCUAAAAUCGACCUAGGUUCUGCUCCCGCCUGGCAUCGUGUGUGUGUCCAAGUCUGACUACGUCUUCUCACGAACUUCCAGAACCAAGCAAUUCCUGCCCAAGAAGCAAAAGCAGAAUCGUCCCAUUUCUCAGUGGAUUCGAAGGGAGACUGAUAAAAAAAUCAGGUCCAGCUCCAAGAGGAGACACUGGAGGAGGACCAAGCUGGGACUCAGGAUUUGCACAUAGUUGUAGCGUAUUUACUUCCUCAGAGGUCACCAGAUGAUAGCUUCUUUAUCCUGGUCAGAAGUAUCCCACUAGAUCAAGCUAAAAAGUGGCACUGGCUGUAUAGCCAGUGAAGGUGCUUAACCAGCAUCUUAUUCUUCCUCUGUGAUCCAUACUGAGUCAACAAUAGACGUUUCAUUUUGUUUUGGAUUUUUGACACAGGGUCUCCUUCUGCGAUUCAAGCUGGACUGGAACUCAUUAUGUGGCCCAGGCUGGCCUUGAACUCGCAGUGAUCCUCCUGCUUCAGCUUCCCAAGUGCUGGAGUUACAGGUGUGCACCACAUACCUGGUGAACAAUAAACGUUUGAAACCUUUAACAAAUAAAUAGAAGCUACUAAGACAAAUGCACUUUGGAAAAGGUGUCUCAAGGCUCUGCGUAGUUGUAGGAUGACAAACAGGAGGAUUUUAGUAAUGGCCUGCGGAGAGCCACCCAUGUGGGCACAAGUGCCAACCUAGAAGAGGGGCAGGGAUGGGCUUCCUGGAACACGUAGGAUGAGGUUUAGUAAUUUCUAUCUCCACCUCUUCCAGCAAGUGAGCUCUUGAUUUUUUUUUUUAAUCUCCUUUCCUUCAAUUGAACCGAGAUGCCUUUCCACCUCAUUCAUGUGCUCAACGAAGCUUGUUUAACACUUUGCUCAGGAGUCAGGCACCACCCUGAAGACAGGAGGUGUGUCGUGCCCAGGCCAGAUGAAGUCCUUGUUCUCGGAAUUUAGAAUCCAUCAGGGGAGACAAACAAGUUACUGACAAACUACCAGAGCAACGAUACCAUGACAAGGGUGCAGAAAGGUUGGGACCUGUUAGUGACAGGCUUCCUGCACAUGGCGAGGCCUGACAGAAAUAGACAAUGUUGGAAAAGUUUUCCAAGCCGAGGGAAUGGCUGCACAGAGAGGCUCAGAGGAGAACAAGCCGGGCCCCCGCUGUACCCUCCCUGGUUGCAAGGCUGUUACAGAUAAAGAGGAGGAGGAAAGCCAGGGAUUCAGGGAAGGAGGCUCUAAGGAGGAUCCUAAUAGCAGCAGAACCUUCUGCCCGGGCCUGUCUCCAAGGUGGGGGGGCCAUUUGCUUAUCUCCCUGGCUCUCUGUCCUUUGGAGGAGGACUUGGCCCUGCAGGAGGGAAUGUGCUCACCCUUCAGGAUGGAUGAGACCGCAGGGCAGGGAGAGGCUCGGGAAAAACCUGGAGUGAGUGGUGGCCGAGCUGGGCUUCCAUGGCUCAUCCCAGCCUAAAGGUAGCUCGGAUGGUGGGGUUGGGUACCCCCAGCAACCACCCUCUGUGAGCAAAUGUGGGGACGGCAGAAGGCAGAAGAACUCUAAUUCCAAAAGGAACAAAUAAAUAGGGAGAAGGAUAAAAAAAUUUUUACACAUAAUGAUCACCUUCAUCAUAGAGAAUUUGUACCUGUACAUGAUACAGGUACAAAUCCCGCAUUUCCCCGUCGCCCUACCCUCCCUCCAGCCUCUCCUCCCCCUCCAUCUACAAAAGCUUUCUUUCCUUUUUUUUUUUUGUCUUUUUCCUUUUUAUCGGUACCAGGGAUCGAACUCACGACUGCCUGCAAGGCAGGCGCUUAUGCCGCUGAGCUAAAUCCUCAGCCCCCAUUUUGUCCUAUUUUGCAAUGCCUUUUGUACAUUUUGGUCAUUAUUUAUGCUUUUGGUUUCUCACACCAGAGUAACAAUGCAGCAUUUACACUUGUAUGUCUGAUUUAUUUCACUUAAGGAUACCGUCUCAGGGUGCAUCCAUUCACCAAGAAAUGUCUCCAGCGUAUCUGAGAAGGGUCACAAUCUAAAGGCUUGGGAUUCCCUGGAGUCCCCCAACUCCCAGCCGAAGACAGGGGUGUGACUGAGCCUCUGCCUCCGACUCCUGCUGAGGCAGGAGAGUCUGGGGGGCUGAGGCCCCAAGCCCAGGCUGUGCGUGCCCGGCCUCAGCCUCCUCUCCAUCUGUGAGGUCGGGAUGUAACAAGAAACGUAUACUUGGUCUCUGUCCUGGUUCCUGUCAGCCCUCAGGAUCUCCUGAGUGACAGUGGUGCCGGGAACGUCUGCUGUUCUGUGGAAUAAGCCUCUGUCGUCGUAGCUGAGUUCAUGCUGGUGUGGAAACACCAGCCGUGGAGUCUUUUACCCCUGAGCUUUGAGCUUCACCCCUCAGUGUCUGGAGGGGUGCGGGCUGGGGAUUGAGUUCAUUACCAACAAUCAGCAAUUUUCUCCCCAGUACUCGGGGCUGAAUGAAGGGCUUUUUAGGUGCUAUGCAAGGGCUCUACCCCUGAGCUACAUCGUCUUUCCUUUUUACCUAUUUUGAGACAGGGUCAAAAGAAGUUGUCCAGGCUGGCCUUGAACUUGUGAUCCUCCCAAGUAGCUGGGAUUACGUGUGCACCAGUGCAUCCAGCUAUGGUCAGUGAUUUACACCAUCAGGCUAUAUAAUGGAAGCUCCACAUGAACCCUAGAUAGUGGGGUUCAGAGUGUUUGGGGAUUGGUAAGACCAUACGUGUACUGAUUUCUUAUCCAGAAAGGAAAAGAAAAAGAAAAUCCCUACACGUCAUCCUAGGCAUCGCUUCCAUUUGGCUGUUCAUUUGUAUCCAUUGUAAUGUCCUUUAUUUUUAAAUUAAUUAAUUAAUUAAAAUCUAUUAUAUAGGA